CCUAAAAUUUUACUUUAAGCAAAGAAAAACAACCAGCACUAGUGAAACAUUAAACGCUUUUCAAUUACAAUUUAGCGUUUGCUGUCACCUCCGCUUGUUGCUAUGCAACGCGAUACGCUGAAGUGCCCGGAUAUCCGACCUGAUCAAUACAUGUACAGACAUGCUGCCUGUUACAUGCAUGCCUGUAUCUAUUACUAUUAUUUAAAUUAUUUAAAUACUCUUAUCCAUUAUGACAAUAUUUUCAAGGACCCUGUUGGAAAUAAGCCGCAAGGCUUUUACAGGUUAUCCUGUGUUUUUGUAUAUGUCAUGAUUAUGCACUAGUCACCAAUAAUAUCUGUGAUAUCAAAGUCUGUGUUAAUAUAUUAUGUGCUGUUAUAAAAUUCAAUGUAUGUGAUUAAUAGUGUCAAUGUGAUGUAUAUAUUUACACGAAUAAAUCUAUCUAUCUAUCUAUCUAUCUAUUUCCAGAAUGCCACCAACAUCAGUUGAAUUAAGAAAAUGUCUCCGUAAAUUGUUGAUCUUAAAGUCUUAUAAUUAUUUAAAUAUUUUGUCACCCUAGAAUAAAACCCGAAAUAGUAAUUAUUUUAAAUUUAUCUCUACAACAACAAUGGCUACAAAGGACAAACGCAACUACUGAACUAGAGUUUCCAGCAAAGACUAUCUAGAACAAUGGUGUUUUUAUGCACUUGGAACGUGGGUGCUGCAGGACCACCAAAAGAUCUCACAGAACUUCUUGAUCUCAAAGAAGAACAGUUACCGGAUAUCUAUGGUAUUGGGUUUCAAGAAUUAGAUCCAACAGACAAGGACAUGAAAGACAAUCAGUGGACCAGCAGGCUGACAGAUGAGCUUGGCAAAAUCAAUUAUGUCAGGAUAAAAGUAGUUCGGAUGCAGGCUAUAUCACUACAAGUUUUUGUGAAGAGACAUCUACUACUGCAUGUAUCAAGCAUAGAAUCAGAGUAUUCAAAGGCAGGGAUGGGAGGCUGGUGGGGAAACAAGGGUGGUGUGAGCAUCAGGUUUGAUGUGGGUGGGGCAAAUGUAAUCAUUGUUAACACACAUUUGGCAGCUCAUCUGGAAGAAAUGGCAGAAAGAAUUGAGGAUUACAAUGUUGUAUUGAAUACACAAAAGUUCAGGGACCCAGAUGUGGAAAAUAUACUGGACCAUGACUAUGUAUUUUGGAUGGGAGAUCUGAAUUGUCGACUAGAGAACAUAUCAAGAGAUGCUGCUCUUAAAUGUAUAGAAAAUAAUGACCUAGAUAAAUUGCUCAAGUUAGACCAGUUAAAGAAAGCUCAACAAGAAGGCCUUAUAUUGGUAGACUUUCAGGAGGGGCCAAUCAACUUUAAACCUACAUACAAGUUUGACAAAGACACAGAUAACUAUGACACAAGUGAGAAGCAGCGUAUCCCUGCAUGGUGUGAUAGGAUCCUGUACAAAACUCAUGUUGAUAUAGAAGGCUUACACCUUACCAAGAGGAAAUACUUCAGUCCAGCGUACAACAAGGGAGAUCAUAAACCUGUGUCAGCAAGCUUUGAUGUCAAUUUGAUACACUAUAAGAGUCGGCCAUCUUUCAAAGAAAGCGACCAUAAACCAAUGACUGGAUUGUUCGAAUUCAAAGUGUUCACUAUGGAAGCCAACCCAUUUGUCAUAUUUGAUCCAAUUAAUAAGUGGCAAUAUGGACAGACACAGAAAUUCCACUACAAGAUACGCUGUGGGAUAGAACCUGAUUCAUCACCAUGGGAUUACAUUGCACUGUACAAGGCUGACUUCAAAACGUUUGAUGAAUACAGAACUUGGGUAUAUGGAAAGAACAAUGCUGAGGAUAAAGGAGACAAGGGCGUAACCUUGGAAAUGAAGGGCUCUUACCUGAAAGAACCCCCAGGAAAAUAUGUUCUCUGUUACAUCAGCAAAUAUAAAAACUGGUUAAGAGGCAUGAGCAAUGUUUUUGAGAUUGUUGGUUGAAUGUAAAGCUCAAGACACUUCUGAGAAAUUCCAGAUAAUCAAAUAGUGCUAUGGUAGAAGAUGAUAUAAUAGUGAUGAAAUGUUAGUUUUGAUAGAAGUCUUUGCAAUGGUGACAUUAUUGGAUAUGAUUUUAAAGAUAAAUGUACUGUAGAAAAGACCAAAACCAGCUAAAAACUUACCCUUCAGAUUUUUUUCAGGAUGUUGACAGUAUAAGGUUAUGAUCUUACCAGUAAAAGGAGAAUCCUAACAUAAGUCAUCCAUGACAUUCUAAAUGGUAAACCUUUGUUUGCUUGCUUGAAAUUUACUUUACAUGACGAAACACUCAGGCUUGAAAAUAAUGUUCUGUGAAAUUGUUUAAUUUCUUGGACAUAAAAUUUCAUAGAUUUGGUCAAAACAUGAAUAUACAGAUUUCUAAUUUUUAAAGAUAAAGUAAUGGGAUAUUUCAUAUUGAUCAUUGGGAUUUUAUUUCAAGGAUUAUUGUAACUAGAAGUCAAUGAAAACUGGUCCUCCACAAAAAUAUCAGUCUGUUAAAUGGUGCUAUCCAUACAGCAUAUUGUGAACAGACUAAUAUGUUUAUAAAGAAUAAUUGAGCCGCGCCAUGAGAAAACCAACAUAGUGGGUAUGCGACCAGCAAGGAUCCAGACCAGCCUGCGCAUCCACGCAGUCUGGUCAGGAUCCAUGCUGUUCGCUUUCAAAGCCUACAGCAAUUAGAGAAACCGUUAGCGAACAGCAUGGAUCCUGACCAGACUGCGCGGAUGCGCAGGCUGGUCUGGAUCCAUGCUGGUCGCAAAGCCACUAUGUUGGUUUUCUCAUGGCACGGCUCAAAUAUUGAUAUUCUAUGUAUAUUUAUACAUUAAAAGAACAGUUUAAUAGACUGUUUUCACUAUUGUUCCAAAAUUGGACUUUUUUUUUUUCAGAAGGAUUUUGCAAUUUUAUUAGAAUAGGGCGAAGAAAUAUGUCAACAUGAAAGUGCCAAUCAUUGGUCUCCAAAUUUUAUUUUGAUCUCAUAAACUUUUAACUCACAAAUGGGGUCAGUUUAACAUGACCUCUCAUUUAAAUGUCUGUGUGUCUUGUCUCUCAGUGUUCACUGUCAUUCCAUUAAAGAUCCUACCAGUAAUUCAGUGUUGUAAUAUGUUAAAAGACUCGUAUUCAUUUGACUUAAUGUAACCUAGCAAGCAUAUAUAAUAGCCAAGAUGAACAAUGUUUGAAUAGCCUGGGCUAGAGAUGAAAUGUAAAAACAUUUUUUGUUGAUUUUUUUUAAAUUUUGGUAAUUUUUAGCUUACCUGUCACAAAGUGACAAGGUGAGCUUUUGUGAUCGCGCAGUGUCCGUCGUCCGUCCGUCAGUCCGUGCGUCCGUCCGUCCGUAAACUUUUGCUUGUGACCACUCUAGAGGUCACAUUUUUCAUGGAAUCUUUAUGAAAGUUGGUCAGAAUGUUCAUCUUGAUGAUAUCUAGGUCAAGUUCGAAACUGGGUCACGUGCCGUCGAAAACUAGGUCAGUAGGUCUAAAAAUAGAAAAACCUUGUGACCUCUCUAGAGGCCAUAUAUUUCACAAGAUCUUCAUGAAAAUUGGUCAGAAUGUUCACCUUGAUGAUAUCUAGGUCAAGUUCGAAACUGGGUCACGUGCCAUCAAAAACUAGGUCAGUAGGUCUAAAAAUGGAAAAACCUUGUGACCUCUCUAGAGGCCAUAUAUUUCAUAAGAUCUUCAUGAAAAUUGGUCAGAACGUUCACCUUGAUGAUAUCUAGGUCAAGUUCGAAAGUGGGUCCUAUGCCGUCAUAAACUAGGUCAGUAGGUCAAAUAAUAGAAAAACCUUGUGACCUCUCUAAAGGCCAUAUUUUUCAUGGGAUCUGUAUGAAAGUUGGUCUGAAUGUUCAUCUUGAUGAUAUCUAGGUCAAGUUCGAAACUGGGUCACGUGCGGUCAAAAACUAGGUCAGUAGGUCUAAAAAUAGAAAAACCUUGUGACCUCUCUAGAGGCCAUAUAUUUCAUGAGAUCUUCAUGAAAAUUGGUCAGAAUGUUCACCUUGAUGAUAUCUAGGUCAGGUUCGAAAGUGGGUCACGUGCCUUCAAAAACUAGGUCAGUAGGUCAAAUAAUAGAAAAACCUUGUGACCUCUCUAAAGGCCAUAUUUUUCAUGGGAUCUGUAUGAAAAUUGGUCUGAAUGUUCAUCUUGAUGAUAUCUAGGUCAAGUUCGAAACAGGGUCAUGUGCGGUCAAAAACUAGGUCAGUAGGUCUAAAUAUAGAAAAACCUUGUGACCUCUCUAGAGGCCAUACUUGUGAAUGGAUCUCCAUAAAAAUUGGUCAGAAUGUUCACCUUGAUGAUAUCUAGGUCAAGUUUGAAACUGGGUCACUUGCCUUAAAAAACUAGGUCAGUAGGUCAAAUAAUAAAAAAACCUUGUGACCUCUCUUGAGGCCAUACUUUUCAUGGGAACUGUAUGAAAGUUGGUCUGAAUGUUCGUCUUGAUGAUAUUUAGGUCAAGUUCGGAACUGGGUCAACUGCGGUCAAAAACUAGGUCAGUAGGUCUAAAAUUAUUAAAAUCUUUUGACCUCUCUAGAGGCCAUAUUUUUCAAUGGAUCUUCAUGAAAAUUGAUCUGAAUGUUCACCUUGAUGAUAUCUAGGUCAGUUUCGAAACUGGGUCACGUGCGGUCAAAAACUAGGCCAGUAGGUAAUAAAAAUAGAAAAACCUUGUGACCUCUCUAGAGGCCAUAUUUUUCAUGAGAUCUUCAUGAAAAUUAGUGAGAAUGUUCACCUUGAUGAUAUCUAGGUAAAGUUCAAAACAGGAUGACGUACCUUCGAAAACUAGGUCAAUAGGUCAAAUAAUAGAAAAACCUUGUGACCUCUCGAGACCAUAUUUUUCAAUGGAUUUUCAUGAAAAUUGGUCAGAAUUUUUAUCUUGAUAAUAUCUAGGUCAGGUUCAAAACUGGGUCACAUGAGCUCAAAAACUAGGUCACUAUGUCAAAUAAUAGAAAAAACGACGUCAUACUCAAAACUGGGUCAUGUGGGAAGAGGUGAGCGAUUCAGGACCAUCAUGGUCCUCUUGUUUUUAUUUAGCUUGUUGCUUAGUAUGUAUGGUUUAGGUCUAAGAGAUUUUUUUUCGUGUCUAAGAAUAAGUUGGUGCAUAUUAUAACAAUUUUUAUUUGGUGUAUUGUUUUGUUAGAUUUUGAAAUGUUACCUGUAUUUAGAUUAUAUAAGAUGUGUUUGUUUUUCUUCAAAGUUUAAGUAAAAUCUGUUAAAAAAUUAAGGUUGUUCUGUAUGUUUAGUAAAACAAAAGUCCUGGUGUUAUGUUUUUAUCAGGAUAACCUAGAAUAAAACCUAGAUCAAGAAUAUGGAAAUAAAAGUCAUGUUGUAAAGUUUUUAUACCCCGGAAGGGAGGCAUAAUAGUUUUCAACUGUCCAUCCAUUCGUUCGUUAGUUCGUUACAACGUUAACUUUUUGCAUGAAGGCACUUUACUCGGGAACCACUGCACCCAGGACCUUUAAACUUCACAUGCUGAUAGUACUUAUUGAGUACACCACCCCAACUGACUUUUGGGUCACCAGGUCAAAGGUCAAGGUCACAGGGGCCAACGUUAACUUUUUGCAUGAAGGCAUUUUACCCGUGAACCACUGCACCCAGGACCUUCAGACUUCACGUGCUGAUAGUACUUAUUGAGUACACCACCCCUACUGACUUUGGGGUCACCAGGUCAAAGAUCAAGGUCACAGGAGCCAAUGUUAACUUUUUGCAUGAAGGCACUUUACUCGCAAACCAUUGCACCCAGGACCUUCAAACUUUACUUGCUAAUAGUACUUAUUGAGUACACCACCCCUACUGACUUUAGGGUCACCAGGUCAAAGGUCAAGGUCACAGGGGCCAAUGUUAACUUUUUGCAUGAAGGCACUUUACUCGCGAACCAUCUCACCCAGGACCUUCAAACGUCACAUGCUGUUAGUACUUAAUGAGUACACCACCCCUACUGACUUUGGGGUCACCAGGUCAAAGGUCAAGGUCACAGGGGCCAACAUUAACUUUUUGCAACAUUAACUUUACUCGCAAACCAUUGCACCCAGGACCUUCAAACUUUACUUGCUAAUAGUACUUAUUGAGUACACCACCCCUACUGACUUUAGGGUCACCAGGUCAAAGGUCAAGGUCACAGGGGCCAAUGUUAACUUUUUGCAUGAAGGCACUUUACUCACAAACCACUUCACCCAGGACCUUCAAACUUCACAUGCUGAUAGUACUUAUUGAGUACACCACCCCUACUGACUUUGGGGUCACCAGGUCAAAGGUCAAGGUGCUGCGGGGGCAUUUGUCACCAUUAGUGACAGCUCUUGUUUUUAUCAAGAUAAUUAAGAAUAAAACCUGGAUUCAUCAUUAUGGAAAUAAAAAUCGUGGUGUUAUGUUAUUUAACCGGAUAACCUAGAAUAAAACCUGGGUCAAGCAUAAGAAAAUAAAAGUCAUGGUAAUAUGUUAUUUAUCCAAAUAAUCCUGAAUAAAACCUCGGUACAGCAAUGGGAAAGAAAUCAUGGUGUAAUGUUAUUUAUCUGCAUGACCUAGAAUAAAAGCCUUGGUCAAUCAUACGGAAACAAUAAUCAUAUCAUGAAUAAUGCUCAAAAAAGGCAACCCAUGUGCAGGUUAAUACCAUUUCAUUUGUAAGGAAGUUGUAAAGUUACUAUCUUAGUCAAAUAUUGAAAAACUUGGUAAGAACAUACAGGACUACCUUAAUGUUAACUGAGCCGUGCCAUGGGAAAACCAACAUAGUGGGUGUGCGACCAGCAUGGAUCCAGACCAGCCUGCGCAUCCGCGCAGUCUGGUCAGGCUACAUGCUGUUCGCUUUUAAAGCCUAUUGGAAUUGGAGAAACUGUUAGCGAACAGCAUGGAUCCUGACCAGACUGCGCGGAUGCGCAGGCUGGUCUGGAUCCAUGCUGGUCGCACACCCACUAUGUUGGUUUUCCCAUGGCACGGCUCAACUAUAUCGUUGAUUUUUUUCCAAAUUUAUUAAGCUUUUCAGGUAAAACUAGAGAAAACAAUCACAUGUAUAUGCUUGCACUUGCUUAGCUUGCAUAUGCAUGUAUUGCUCAAUUAAAAACAAGAGAUUUUGGAAACUUGAUAAUUAUGCAUAAUCUCCUUUUUUUCUGAUGUUAAAAGCAUAAAUGAAGAGGAUGACAUUUUAUGCCCCCAUUUGAUGAUUUUUUCAUGUUUGGCAAUCUAUAGGUUCAUUGGUAUUCAAGUUAGUUUCCAAUAGGUUGAGAAUUUCUUAGGCCUACAGAUUUCAAGUGACAUAAGAUGACCACUAUUACUUUGAGAUUUGGAACAUCAAAGGUCAAGGCCACCAUGACCUUCAGAGUUAAAACGGUUUCCAAUCAUUAACUAGAUGAAGCACCAGACUUCAUAGCUUCCUUGCCAAUGAUCAGAAGAUGGGCCUUGUUGUUUUGAGGGUCAAGGGUCAGGGUCACAAUGACUAUGAGACAAAAAACUGUUUUCCAAUCAAUUACUGCACAAUGCUUAGAAUUACUAAUGUCAAACUGCAUAGUGUGAUUGCCUGUUGUCAUAAGAUGACCCCUAGUGUUUUGGGAUCAUAAGGUCAUUGGUCAAGAGCACUAUUGGUGUAACCUUGAGACUGAAAAUUACUUACCCCAUUUCCUUCAACAUGCUAUUCUACGGAGGAUAUGUGUUUUGCAAAUAGCUUGAUAUGUUAAUUGUAUAGUCACCAACAUUUUUAGCUCACCUGUAACAAAGUGACAAGGUGGGCUUUUGUGAUUGCGCGGUGUACGUCUUCCGUCGUCCGUCCGUCCGUGCGUCCGUCCGUAAACUUUCGCUUGUGACCACUCUAGAGGUCACAUUUUUCAUGGGAUCUUUAUGAAAGUUGGUCAGAAUGUUCACCUUGAUGAUAUCUAGGUCAAGUUCGAAACUGGGUCACGUGCCAUUAAAAACAAGGUCAGUAGGUCUAAAAAUAGAAAAACCUUGUGACCUCUCUAGAGGCCAUAAUUUUCAAUAGAUCUUCAUGAAAAUUGGUCAGAAUGUUCAUCUUGAUGAUAUCUAGGUCAAGUUCGAAACUGGGUCACGUGUGGUCAAAAACUAGGUCAGUAGGUCUAAAAAUAGAAAAACCUUGUGACCUCUCUAGAGGGCAUAUAUUUCACAAGAUCUUCAUGAAAGUUGGUCAGAACGUUCACCUUGAUGAUAUCUAGGUCAGGUUCGAAACUGGGUCACGUGCCUUCAAAAACUAGGUCAGUAGGUCAAAUAAUAGAAAAACCUUGUGACCUCUUUAAAGGCCUUAUUUUUCAAUGGAUCUGUAUGAAAGUUGGUCUGAAUGUUCAUCUUGAUGAUAUCUAGGUCAAGUUUGAAACUGGGUCACGUGCCGUCAAAAACUAGGUCAGUAGGUCUAAAAAUAGAAAAACCUUGUGACCUAACUAGAGGCCAUAUUUUCCAUGGGAUAUGUAUGAAAGUUGGUCUGAAUGUUCAUCUUGAUGAUAUCUAGGUCAAGUUUGAAAGUGGGUCACGUGCCGUCAAAAACUAGGUCAGUAGGUCAAAUAAUAGAAAAACCUUGUGACCUCUCUAGAGGCCAUAUAUUUCACAAGAUCUUCAUGAAAGUUGGUCAGAACGUUCACCUUGAUGAUAUCUAGGUCAAGUUCGAAACUGGGUCAUGUGCCUUCAAAAACUAGGUCAGUAGGUCAAAUAAUAGAAAAACCUUGUGACCUCUCUAAAGGCCAUAUUUUUCAUGGGAUCUGUAUGAAAGUUGGUCUGAAUGUUCAUCUUGAUGAUAUCUAUGUCAAGUUCGAAACUGGGUCACGUGCCUUCAAAAACUAGGUCAGUAGGUCUAAAAAUAGAAAAACCUUGUGACCUAACUAGAGGCCAUAUUUUCCAUGGGAUAUGUAUGAAAGUUGGUCUGAAUGUUCAUCUUGAUGAUAUCUAGGUCAAGUUUGAAAGUGGGUCACGUGCCGUCAAAAACUAGGUCAGUAGGUCAAAUAAUAGAAAAACCUUGUGACCUCUCUAGAGGGCAUAUAUUUCACAAGAUCUUCAUGAAAGUUGGUCAGAACGUUCACCUUGAUGAUAUCUAGGUCAGGUUCGAAACUGGGUCAUGUGCCUUCAAAAACUAGGUCAGUAGGUCAAAUAAUAGAAAAGCCUUGUGACCUCUCUAAAGGCCAUAUUUUUCAUGGGAUCUGUAUGAAAGUUGGUCUGAAUGUUCAUCUUGAUGAUAUCUAUGUCAAGUUCGAAACUGGGUCACGUGCCUUCAAAAACUAGGUCAGUAGGUCUAAAAAUAGAAAAACCUUGUGACCUUUCUAGAGGCCAUAUAUUUCACAAGAUCUUCAUGAAAAUUGGUCAGAACAUUCACCUUGAUGAUAUCUAGGUCAAGUUCGAAACUGGGUCACGUACCAUCAAAAACUAGGUCAGUAGGUCAAAUAAUAGAAAAACCUUGUGACCUCUCUAAAGGCCAUAUUUUCAAUGGGAUCUGUAUGAAAGUUGGUCUGAAUGUUCAUCUUGAUGAUAUCUUGGUCAAAUUCGAAACAGGGUCAUGUGUGGUCAAAAACUAAGUCAGUAGGUCUAAAAAUAGAAAAACCUUGUGACCUCUUUAGAGGCCAUACUUGUGAAUGGAUCUCCAUAAAAAUGGUCAGAAUGUUCACCUUGAUGAUAUCUAAGUCAAUUUCGAAAGUGGGUCAAGUGCCAUCAAAAAGUAGGUCAGUAGGUCAAAUAAUGAAAAAACGUUGUGACCUCUCUAGAGGCCACAUUUUUCAUGGGAUCUGUAUGAAAGUUGGUCUGAAUGUUUAUCUUAAUGAUAUCUAGGUCAAGUUUGAAACUGGGUCAACUGCGAUCAAUAACUAGGUCAGUAGGUCUUGAAAUAGAAAAACCUUGUGACCUCUCUAGAGGCCAUACUCUUGAAUGGAUCUUCAUGAAAAUUGGUCAGAAUGUUCACCUUGAUGAUAUCAUGAUAUCUAGGUCAAGUUUGAAACUGGGUCAUAUGCCUUAAAAAACUAGGUCAAUAGGUCAAAUAAUAGAAAAACCUUGUGACCUCUCUAGAGACCAUAUUUUUCAAUGGAUCUUCAUGAAAAUUGGUCAGAAUUUUUAUCUUUAUAAUAUCUAGGUCAAGUUCAAAACUGGGUCACAUGAGCUCAAAAACUAGGUCACUAUGUCAAAUAAUAGAAAAACCGACGUCAUACUCAAAACUGGAUCAUGUGGGAAGAGGUGAGCGAUUCAGGACCAUCAUGGUCCUCUUGUUGUAUAUCAUGUAUUGUUGGCAACCAACCAGUGGUCUCAUUUUGGUUAAUUUUAAUGUAGUUUCUGUUUUGAAUAGAAACUUAAAUGUUUUAUAUGUUUUUGUGUUUAUUUGUAAUUUUAUUUUACAUUCGGUAUUUUUUAUGAUAUUUUGAAAAAAAAAAAAAAUUGUAAUAGAUUUUUGAAAGAACAUCUCCAAAAGUCAAUAGAAAGGAAAUUAAGAAACCAGGACUACGUACAUACUUAGCAUUCAGUUCAAUAAGUUGAUGGCCCAGAAAGAAAAUCUUGUCAUUGACACUAUACCAAGUUUUUUCAAGUUAAUGUUUUGUCGAAAACAUGGCUACCAGAGGGCAUAGUCCCUUUUAUAUACAUCUGUCAUCUUCUUGUCCCAAACAGCUGGUCUAAUCUUGAAAUAUUUCACAAAUAUUUUCCAUUUCCAAAUAUUUGGAUGACUCACUACCAAAAUUGUUCAGUCCAGCUGUAUAACUCAUAUGAGUGAUCUAUGGCCAUCAUGGCCAUCUAGUUAUCAUUUUAAUUUUUAUUUAUAAACACAUAAAGACCACCUGCAAUGUAGAUAUAUGUAUCUGGAAGGAAUUUUUUAAGAGGCUGUAAUUCCUUAGAGUUGCUAUUCAUUGUCAUUUUGGGACAGCUGCUGUUUUAAAGGGUAGCAGAUCCCCAGUGGAUACAUUUAUAGUUGAUUACUUACUACAUAAUUAUGUUUUAUCCUAUAUUUUACUAACAUAUUUAAAAAAAUUAUGUUAAUUUACUACAUAUGGCUACUUUAUUACUACUUUGGUUGUUUCUUCUAGUUUUUUUUAUUACCAUAUUUCCUCACUUAAAAGGUGGAUCAAUUACAAGACUGGGUCUGUACUUUGACUCUCAAAUCAAUAUUAGACUGGAAAACUACAUAAAUUUCCCCGUCUUAUAAUUGAAGAAAUAUGUUAGCACUGUUAGAAGAGACAUGUUUUUGCUGAUAUUAUACAUACCUUUAUAUUAUAUAUUAUUUAUAGCACUAUUUUAUGUGGUGUAUUUAUCUGCUCAACUUCUUUCAAGGUUAAGGUCAAACUCUUUUACUGUUUGUAGACACAAGUUAUGUUUAUGUGAGUGAAAAUUAUGAACCAUUUGCAAAGUUGUGUUAAUUCUGGGUUUGUUUGCAUGUUCAUUUAUCAAUAGGCUGUUCUUUCAUUGUUUUUUGAGAUUGUUAGCAUUUUUCUACAAUCCUCUCUUUCAUAUACGUACAAUCCUCCCUUUAAUAUACUCGAUGCUUUUAGAGACAUAUUAGAAUGAAUAAGUUAAUCCUCCAGCACACAUCUGUUGACAAUAAGUACAAAUUUAUGAAUUCAGUCUUUAGCCUCUCAUUCCUCUUACUAAAGUUAUGAGCUGUUAUUAGCGAGAGAUAUUAAGGUAGUGGACUGGCAAUUUCCUUAUAUCACUUGGAAAUUUCCUUAAGGUAGUGGACAGGUAACGACACUUGUUUGUAUCCACAUGAUAAGUAUUCUCGUUAGGCCGCUGUAAAUUCUUGGUACAUAAAAGUAGCUCAACAUGUACACAACUUUUUUGUAAAAAUGAAAAAAUGCUGAAAUUUAUUGCGGAGAAUACAUAAUUUGGCAAUUGUCAUUACCGGUUCGCUACCUUAAACUGAAGGCUUGAUUGAAAUACUUAACAGUAAUUGGUUUGUAACUUGUGAAAGUAGAGUAAGUUUUUGACAUUAUCAGAGUUAAAAGUUUCAGAAAUUUAUAUAAUUAUAAUAUACUGUUGUGUAAUGUUGCUAGUGCCUUAUGUCAGAUGUGAUGUUGUCCUGCAUAUUCUGUGGUAAAUGUUACCAUUUCCAGAUAGUAAUUUUGUUAGACAAAGAAUAUAUUUUUGAGGAUUGUUAUACAAUUUGUAAAAGAAGUGUGGAGAAUUGUUAUCUGUCAUACAUGGGAACAUUUAAUAGUUUCCACAAUCUUAUAUGUGCGCAGACUGUUAAAAUGACUGCAGAAAAGCACAGUCUUCUAUGUGCACAGUCUAUUAAAAAUGGCUGUUAAAAAGCAUAAUUUUCUAUGUGCAAAGUCUAUUAAAAAUGUCCUUAAAAAGGCAGAACUUCUGAAGUAAAUAUGUAUCAGAUAGUUCUGAGUUUACAGCUAUUGUGGGUGAGAUUCUGAAUUUGAGGUAUUUUUAGUAAGUUUAAUCUUUAGCCUGCUGGCGGCGAAUAUUUCUGCCUUUGCGACCAGUGCAGACCAAGAUCAGCCUGCACAACAGUCAGUAAAUUUUCAGCAAACACCCCUUGAAAUAAUAAAUGGUAUUGCCCAAAUUGAAUGAUGGACCAGUCCAUUUUAGAAAUUUAGCAGGCUAAGGGUUAAAGGGAAACAACUUUAUUCUUGUGAUUAAUGUGAUAAAAUUAAAGUACAAACUGGGUUUUGUAGUAGUACAUGGGAGUUCAAAGGUUUUAUUUCAAUACAUUAGGCUCAGUUUUGUUAUGCAUGUUUGUUUUUUAAUUGGGUUUAGGUAUAUUGUAUUUAGUUCAUAGUUGUUUUAUGAAUGGAAUAAUGGGAUGAUGUAAACUGCGCCAUUGAUAAUUUACAAUUUGAUUGCCAAUACAAUAUUUUGGCAUUAUGGUAUAGUAGAGCUUUUUAUUAGAUUUCUUUUUGGUGUUGUUUUUCGUGAAAAGAAUAUAACACAUUCAUUUAGGAAUGUCAUUUUCCAGGUUUGUUUACUCUUACAUCUAACUAACAAGUUGAACUGGCUUAAUGAAUUGUUCCAAAUUGUUAUCUCUGCCAUCCCUUACUCAGCAGAAUGUUUAUGCCAUCUUCGUUUGAAAAAUUAUUAAGUUUUUCUGCAGUAAAAUUGCUGUAAAAUACAUCUUUGAAGAGCUAAUACCUCCCUGCCAAAGCACACAUUUUUCAAGAGGAUAGUCCAACAUUAUAAAAUUGAGAUUGGAGACCAGUCUCAUACCUCUCACAUCUGAUUGGUUGAUUUUUAGUUAAGUGUUGAAAUUGACCAAUCACAGAGCUGAAUUCUUAGACUUGGUCUCCAAAUUGAGAUUUAUAAACUCUGCCCUAGUUUUCUAGUAAAUUAACUGCUCUAGAGCAACUGCUUGCAUGCAAAGAACAGAAUUUCAGUCUUCUCAGUGAUAUUGCUGGACAUUUUUCAUAAGCAUAAUAUAUUUACCAUUGAUUCAUCCAUUGCUUAUCAUUAAAAGGUACUUAAGCAUCCACAUUUCUAUAAAUGUUAGAUAUAUCUGUUAUUCCCAAACCUUAAUGUAUAAUAUACCAUAUUCAUAUAUUCCCCUUUCCAUGAUAAACAUGAGCUCACAUACAAAGGCAGCCACUCGGAGUGCCAAAUGACCGCAUCAUGGCCUACGUCGCUUAAGGGUAGGGUGUUUCGUCAAACCUGUCUUAAAAGACCAUCCUCGGAUGAAUGAAGAGUGUGGCGUAUGUCAACAGAUUGUCUUUCAGUACAUGCAUAUAUGUAUUCUUAAUAGUUAAAAGUGAAUACAAAAUGGUGAGCUUUCAAUACAGAUUUUACAGCUUGGAUUUAUUUUCAGGGCGUGAUCUUGAAUACAAGUUUGUGUCUGCAUUUGUGUACGAUGGAAAUAAAAAAAAUUGAAGUAUGUUACAAUACAAGGCAAGCUACAUGUAAAAUAAAUCUUAUAUAAUCAAUGUCUGCAUAUUAUAUAGCACUGCUGGUACAGUAGACUGGGAAGCAUUUGUGAUGAUUUUACAGUAAAAUCUGUAAUAAGCAGUCUGGCAAGGCUUCUAGAGGCAGGUUAAUGCUUAAGACAAGUUGAAAUUACCAGUAAAAAAUAUCUGUUUGGGAAAUUAGCUGACUGACUGCUUACGGCAAGUGACUGCUUCAACUGUAUCAUUUAUUUAUGUUCAUGAACGGUGUGACUCACUAAUAUAAAAUAGGCGUGUAUCUUUACCAAUGCUAUGUCCAAAAUAAGAACUGUUCAUGUCAGAUAUUCCUAACGACUUACAAGUCUGUAUUAAAUUAUGUGCGAAAAGCAUCACAAAAAAGCCCGGUCAGUAGUAACCUUAGCAGCUGUAAACAAGUACGUGUACUGCAAACUGUAUGCUUUAAAACAUAUUUAUUUGCAUGCUUACUAAAUGUUGAAAGUCUUGUACAUAGAUACUAACAGCAUUAUCUUUAUGCAUUGUUUACACAGGAUUGAGUAUUAUUUUCUGUCAUUGUUGGGAAAUAAAUCUAAUACAAGUAAGUUAAACAGAUAUCUUGAUUGGGAUUAAUUUUACACAUUGCUGAUUUUUGUAUCUUUUUUACGACCAAAAUAUAAAUUUGUUAAAAUUGAUGUCGCAUACUCAAAUUAUAAGCAUAGUUUUUUUUACAUAAAAACAUGAUAUAAAAUUUAUUUGUUUUCACCCCAAAUCUGUAAACUACAACAGCAAGAAAGAUAUAUACCUUGAAAGUAAUCAGUGUCAUUUGCAAAUCUGCACUGCAUAUUAUACCUGGUAAUAAAAUCAAAUUUAACUGAAAACAUAAAAAGUUAAUGAGAUCCUGGAACCUGUGAAAGCUGUUGCCACUAAAAAAAAUUUGUUGUCCCAUUAAAUAUUUACAUAUCAAAAUAUCUAUAUCAAAAUUGCUAGAACCUGUUAUGAUCAUGGAAAUAUAGAUGAAAUGAUAUUCAGCAUGCCUAAAAAUAGAUUUGUUUUACCUGUCAAAAUAGAUGUUUAUAGAAUAUUGGUAGACUGUUUACAUUCCACAUAUAAAUCUCCAGUUAUUUUAGUUUUGUCACAUUUUGCAGAUAGACAUUUUGUUGUGAAACAUCAUCUAUUUUUUUUGUAGAAUUGAUAUCUUAUGAUUUGGGAUCUAAAAAGAAAUGAAACCCUGAAAAAUUUGAAAAAAAAAAAAUGAAGAUUGAAGUUAAACAUGUAUUUAUGUGUGUAGAACCUCUUCAAGUAAGCCUAUGGGGUGUUAAAAUUUAUAACUUAUGAAAUAUCAUCAGAAUUUACAAGUACACAUUCAUAAAAUACUUGUAAAAUGCACUUUUGAAGUUAAAAAAACAGCAAUAUAUUAUAUUUGGAAAUUCAGUUAUAACACAAUUUUUAAAGAAAUAUACAUUUACAUAUAGUAAAUUUUUACAUAUUGAAGUAUUGAACAGUUAACCUGUUGAAUUAAUUCAUUUUUGAAAAGAAAUACAUGUAUGUGCUAUGUGAUGUUGCAAAAACAAACAAAAAAAAUGAAAUAUUUGACUCGAUGGUCCUUAGUCAAAGUCAUGACAUAUAUUUCUGUUACUGUGACAUCAUUUAAUUUCGUGGGAAUGAAAAUUUAGUGGCUUUGGUCAAAGUUACUGAUUUGUGAGAAAUGAAUAUUUGUAUUUCAACUAGAAUCUACUGAAGAUGCAGUGAAUUGGUAUUUCAUCUUUUUGUUAGGAGUACUAAUGCAGUAUCAAAAUCCAUAAAUUUAGUCUCUACGAAAAAGAGUGAUUUCGAAGUAUUUAGACUGUUGUAUGAAUUAUAAUAUUUACAAUUUCUUAUCUUCUUUGUAUAUUUCAUUAUUUCUGACUGUUUUAUUUUUAUUCUGUUGUAUUCUUAUACCAAAGUUUAUAAAUAAAAAAAAGAGAUGGAA